CCAAUGGACGACUGGUGCUGGUCGGAUCCGAGACGAUCCGAAGACCUCACGUCGGACAUCCCUCCUAGGCGGCGAGGGUCAUUGCGAUGUGUUUGACCGGGCGGGUACCCAGGUCGAGAGCGUUCCUACCCGGUCCCACGAAGGGACACUACGAUGAACCCGGCUUUUGCGAACAUAGUCGCCACGCCAGUGUUGAACACCCGUGACCGACCGUCCGUUCGAUGUCUGUUAUGCAUCAUCGGGUUUGCGUCUACUUGCAAAGAACAUGUAUUCUCUCCCAGAGAGACGGCGCAGCUACCGUUCAUGAGGUAGUUGUGCAAUGUCAGUCAGAGGCGCCAGUUGCCGUAUAUAAACUGGGUCUCUUUCUCCGCGCUAUCAUCCUCACCGCGCCUAUCCCCACCAAACCUAAAUGCCUCUCCAACUUGCCGAUAUCCCUUCGCACCUCUCAAUGGAAUUUCAUUCCCCCUCCAACGCCAUCGAGAAGGGUGCUACUAUCCCCGAGCUCUACGACUGGCACGCGAAGGAGAACCCCGACUACCCUCUUUUCUCCUACCAUGACGGCGAGAAGUCGGAGUACAUCACCUACUCUAGCGCAAACCGUGCUAUUGACCGCGUAGCGCGGUACGUCCUCUCUGGGCUUGGCCCUGUAGCCUCUACCGCCGAGCGCGGGGCGGCGAAGUUGCCGACGGUUGCGAUCUUCGCAAGGGCUGAUACCAUCACGUACUUCUGCACGGUUAUCGGCGUGUUCAGAGCCGGCUGCACCGCGUUCCUCGUUUCUCCGCGUAAUGGGGCCGCUGGCGUCGCGGAUAUGCUGCAGCGCACCGGCACGUUGCAGAUGUUCGUUUCGCAGGAUGCUACCAUGCGCGACCUCGCCCAGGACGCCCUCAGCCGUCUGCCGGAGGGCCACGUCACUCUGCGCGACAUGCCCGUCUUUGAGGACCUCUUCCCGACGGGCUCACAAGCAGGAAACCCUGCUUUUGAGACAGAAGUGGAGCUCCCGAAGAUGCACGAUGUCAAUGCAGUGGCGGCCAUCCUGCACUCUUCAGGCUCUACCAGCUUCCCGAAGACGAUCCCCUGGACGCAUAAACGUUUCCUAUUUGUUGGUCACGAAGCCCAGAGAGGCGGCGGCAGCGUGACUGGUACGAUCUGGGGCUGCCAUGCCACGCCCAUGUUCCAUGCAAUGGGUGCAAUUAUGAUUCCGUCCGCGCCUAUCUGUGGCUACGUUGUCGCCGCCUUCAAGCCGGCGACACCUCCGGUGUUCCCCACACCCGACAUUGUGUGGCGGGGGCUCGUUGCGAGCAGAGUGGACUUUGCCUUCACCGUCCCGGCUUUCAUUGAGGAAUGGGGGCGCGAUCCCGCCAAGGUUGAGGUCUUGAAGCACAUGCGCGGAGUAAUAUUCGGUGGCGCGCCGCUCAACCAAGAGAAGGGUGAUGCGCUGGCCGCUGAAGGUGUGAACCUAUGCUCCGCAUACGGCUUGACGGAAGUCGGGAACGUCAACCUCUUCUCCAGAUCGAGUCGGGGCUCGGACUGGGCAUAUUUCCUCCCUACUCCGUCGCUUGAGAUUGAGUUCCGCCCACAUGGUGACAACAAGUACGAAGUGAUAGUCUACUCGGACCCGGAGAAUCCUCUCCCCGCGGUCAACACGAAGAUCAACGGACGGCAUGCUUAUGCGACGAACGACCUCGUUGAGCCGCACCCGACAAAGCCGAACCUCUGGCGUGUAUAUGGACGUGCAGAUGAGCAGAUCAUGCUCUCCAAUGGCGAGAAGACGAACCCGUUGCCUAUAGAGAGCACCAUCAACGAGGAUCCGCACGUCAAGUCGUCCGCUAUGUUCGGGCGGGGCAGGUUCCAGAACGGUAUCCUCAUCGAGCCCGCGGAGGAGUUCCAAGUUGACGCGGCGAACGUGAAGGAGGUUGAAGCGUUCAGAAACAAGAUCUGGCCCACCGUCGAGCGCGCGAACGCAACGGCUCCCCAGCAUUCGAGGAUAUUCAAGGAGAUGAUCAUCGUGACCUCUCCCUUCAAACCCUUCCAACUCAACGCCAAGGGGGCGCCGCGCCGUGCAGUCAUCCUCAAACAAUAUGAAGAGGAGAUCGAGGAGUUGUACAGACAAAUCGAGGACAGUUCUCAGAGCGAUCUGCCAGCACCGUCCGUCUGGGAUCAGGCCAGCACCCUAUCUUUCGUCCGCGCCGUCGUAGAGCAAACACUACGCCGCACCAUCGCGGACGACGACGACAUCUUCCGGAACGGCGGUGACAGUCUGCAAGCGACCUACAUCCGCAACACCCUGAUUCGCGCGGUGCGCGACACAGACGUCAAAGCCGCUGCGCGUCUCCCGGCGAACCUCGUCUUCCAGGCGCCCACCGUAGCCGGCCUUACCGAUGUCGUCUACCGCGUUCUCCACGACGCCGAUGCUGCCGGCACAUCGUCGCGCACACCACAGGACCUCUGGAAGUACGUCGAGAAGUACUCUGCGAACUUCCCCUCGCGCCCGGCGUCCCUCGUCGACAGGUCAGCGUCCGCCAAGGACGUCGUACUGAUCACCGGGACGACUGGCGGGUUCGGGUGCGACGCGCUCGAGCAUCUGCUGCGCGACGAGAGCGUUGAGCGGGUGUACGCGUUCAACCGCGCGGGCUCAAACGCGCUCGAGCGGCAACACGCGCAGUUCCGCGCGAGAGGGCUGGACGAAGCGCUGCUCUCGUCGCCGAAGUUCAAGCUGAUCGAAGCGGUCCUGCACGAGCCCGGGUUCGGCGUUGAUCCGAAACUGCUCGACGAAGUGCGGCAGUCGAUCACGCACAUCAUGCACAACGCUUGGAAGGUCAACUUUAACCUGUCUGUUGCUUCGUUCGAGCCCGACAUCCAGGGCGCGCGAAACCUGGUCGAUCUUGCCAUCAGCUCGCCCUUCACGAAGGCGCCAACGAUCGUGUUCGUUGGCUCAAUAAGUGUCUUCACUCGCUAUGAGGGCCCCUCGCCCGCGCCCGAAGCAUCUUUGGAAGAUCCGACCUCUGCGUUUGGCUCGGGAUAUCCCGAAGGGAAGUGGGUGACCGAGCAUGUCCUGCAGAACGUCGCGAAGGAGAGAGGCGUGCAUACUGUGGCGAUGCGCCUCGGGCAGGUGACGGGAAACCGCGUGGGCUACUGGAACGAGAAGGAGUGGUUCCCCUCCCUCGUCAAGUCCGCCCAGUUCCAGCGCUGCCUGCCGGAUAUCGAGGGGAGCGUCUCCUGGAUCCCGGGCUACGAGGCCGCUAAGGCGUUCACGGAGAUGCGCCACUCGCCCCAUCCCUUCCUGCACCUCGUCCACCCGAAGCCGGUAUCCUGGCACACCCUUAUCUCCGCGAUCGCGAAGGAGUUCGGGAACGUCCCCCUCGUGCCCUACGACGAAUGGCUGUCCGCGCUGCAGGCGAGCGUCAGCGAGGGUGACGCAGCGGAGGUCGAGCUCAUGAGGGCGAACCCCGCCCUCCGCCUCUUGCCCUUCUUCCAGGCGGUCAAUCAGCACGCGUCUCUGGAUCGCGAGCCCCUUGGGCUCGUGUACCUGUCCACGGAGAAGUCGGCCGCUGUGUCCGGGGCGCUGGCUAAUCUGCCUCAGCUGGAUGCGGAGCGCGCGAAGGGCUGGCUUGCGGCUUGGAAGAGUGCUGGGUUUUUGUGAGCUGUAUGAUUAGGAGCUGCUUGGGAAGGGUCUCCCGCAUGUACUCCUUAUAGUCUAUCUCGUCUAACUUUCUGCAAUGUGCUUACGCCCUUGACUAGCAUGUACAUUUGUCUGAACUGUCGCCAAACACGUUCUGGUAGGAAUGAC